AUGUCCAGUGACGAUGGGGUUAUGAGGGUGGACGAGUACUUUCCCAUCACGGAGCGUUCAUUCAGCGUCAUUAUCCGCCAGUACGAGAUUGAAGCGGCUGCUGCUCGUGCAGAUGCCGCCACCAGAGAAGAAGAGUCCCCCGAGAAUAGCAGGGAGUUAACGCUGAUGGCACAGUACUUGGAGGAUCUUGCCAAUGAUGCGAGGCGACUGCAUCGCAAACUGCAGGCGAGUGAUGGCGGUCCAGUGGCGACAACAAAUUGGUCCGCAGAAGAUGUAAGCACCCUGCGUUUAUUGGGGUUUGAUGUGAGCCGCAUCAAUGUGGCUGCAGCGGAAGAGCAGCGUCCUCAAGUACCCAACCUGGACAAGUUGCUUGCCAUGGAAAGGGAAAUACAGAAGCUCCAGACAAGGGUAGAUGAUUUGACAGCAGCGAAUGCAGCAUUACGUGAAAAAGUAACUGAGCAAAACUGCACGGGACUCCAGCUUCAAGUGGAAGAGAACGACAUGUCCGAUGAAUUAGAAGCUCUUACAGAGGGUCUUAAAUCUCUGAAGGCUGCCUACUUGAGUAAGCAUGAGGAUUGUUUUGCUGCACAGGAGAUGCAGAAAAGAUCUACCUUGGCUUUUAAUGACAUUUAUCUUGGAGGCCGUAAAUCACACAAGACGGCGGUGGAGUUUCAGCAGUAUCCAUCCAGCGGUCUUGCAGAAGCCAUUCGCAUUUUCCGCGGUGUGGUUGCCUGUCACCGUGUGCGUUACCACGUUACGGGGGAUUCGUCUGGCAAGGUUGAUGCGAUUGAUAUGGCUGUUGUUCGGCUGCUCAAUGAUCUUGAAUUUCCGUUUCCCGUGACAAUCCGACGGCUGGGCGCCAGUGGAGACUAUUUUAUUGACCGCCGCGUUGAGAUCAAACUUGUCGGGGAACAGUUAGUUGUAAGGCCAUGGCCGGCUACAGGCGUCCAUCAAGGGUUGUCUGCCGACAGGAAAUGCCCACCACGCUAUGAACACCUGGCAAAGUAUCUUAUUCACCUCUACUCUCCAGCCCUGGAUUUGGACAGGGCCGCAAAAGGCGGAAGAAGAGACGGGGCAGGGGUAAAUUCUGCUGAGGGACGCCCGAACAACGACAUCGCCGCUCUCAAACGCCAGCAACGGGAGCUUCAACGUGCCCUGGAGGAUCGUCAUGAGCAGUUGCAUGAAUAUCAGAAGCAACUUGUGGCGGGUCUUUCACCACUAGCGAAUGAGUGCACGUUGAGGGACGAUGCAACAGGCCCUUCUGUUGAGCUGCGAGUUGAAGAACGAAAUCGAAAAGUUGAUGAGAGCAUCUCCGAGUCGGAAUCUUAUCCGUCUGCGGGGACGAACGACCGGGUUGCUCAUAUACUUCGUUUAAUGGAGACGAAUGGACGGAUUCCUGAUCCUUCGCGUCUUUCCGAAUCAGGCCUGCAACAUCUUAAAUAUGUGGCGUUGCAGCGGAAGACGCAUGCGUUGCAGCGGAAGACGCAUGCGUUGCAGUAG